AUUAGAGUACCGUGUGAGCGCCUCCAUCUCUAAUUUGUAAAGUCUGCGAGAGCCGUUCAAAACAAGAUAAACAUGUCAUCGGAAGGAACAAUAGAUCGAAAAGAGCCAGAAUUUGUUGCACCUGAACCCACAACAAUGACGAUAAAGGAGAAAAUGAUGAUGGAAGAAGCAAAAUUAAAAGCUAAAUAUCCCAAUGUGAAACCAGGUGGACCAUCUGGACUAUUGGCAAAAAGAUUGCAGAGAGGACAAAAAUAUUUUGAUUCCGGGGAUUAUAAUAUGGCCAAAGCUAAGAUGAACAACCCAAAGACCCCUUUGGCUCCCACAGAAAAGAUGAUAUUACAGGAAUCUAUUGGAGAUGCUAUCCCUACGCCAGAAUCCUUACCUCCUAGAAAACCCUCCAUCAUACAGAGUAAAUUAGCAGAAGGAGAACUCUCAUAGACGUUUAAUUCAUCCAGAAUCAUAAAAAUCAGGGAUGCCACAAUAUUGGUAGAUUUAAGUGAGUGACAGUAACGACACACAAAGUGUAAUGUCUGACUGCUUCCACUGUAUACUUGCCAAGUUGUUCAGCAGCAUCACAUUUCUUUUAGAUCCCUAUAUAGAGAAUUUCUAGUGUAAAACAAAAAUUACGAACAUGUGUUUAAUUGCUUUUUGAGAGGUAAAAUUAAUAAUUGGGGUAUAUACAUGUUCAUUUUGAUCUACUUUUAUAAUCAGGUAACUUUAAUAAGGGAAACAGUCGUGCCUGUACAAAAGUAAGGUUAGUGGACAAAUGUUUUAAAUUUUCUUAUCAGAGAAACUGGUGUCAUGAUUGCCAUUGCUAGAAUUCUUUAAUUUAAUCAGAUUUCUGUCUUGAGUUUAACAAUAAUUUAUUUCUUUAAAAAGAAACAUUUGAUUAUUUAAUAUGUACCAUUGUAUACAGAAUAUAUAACAAAAUCCUAUGAUUUUAUACACCCAUCUAUGAUCAUUGUAUACUGUGAGUCGUGACUGUAGACACACAAUUUUAUUGGCCUUACUCACUGUGAAGAGACAUAUGUGUUGAUACUUGUAUUCGAGUAAAUAAUUACCGGCAUUUUUAUUCUUCGAAUUACAGACUGGUAGAUAGGAAACACUUUUUUAGUUUAAAAGUAACUUUGUAAAAAGAAACCAAGAUAACAGGAUACAAUUUGGACAAGUUGAUAGAUUUUUUUUCGGAAAUUAUUUUUGUUAUAUUUGUUUUAGGGAGGAGGAGUUAGAAGAGGGAAGGGGUUCUUUACAUUUGUUUAGGUUAACAAGACAGAAAAUAUAUAUUUAAAUGAGACACAACCCAUAUUUAAUUGAAAACUGAUGAGAUAAAAUGCAAUUUAAAGUGUAACUGAACAAUUUAGAGAAUCUGCCAUCAUUAUGUUCAUGCUACCAUGGUAACUUAACAUGUCAGAGAAUCUACCAUCAGUGUGUUCAUGUUACCAUGGCAACUGAACAAGUUAAGAGAAUCUACCAUCAUUGUGUUCAUGUUACCAUGGCAACUGAACCAGUUAGAGAAUCUACCAUCAUGUUGUUCAUGUUACAAUGGUAACUGAACAAGUUAGAGAAUCUACCAUCAUUGUAUUGAUGUUAUCCCUCUGACUUACAAUAGUGCAAUAUUAUUAUUGACUGUGAAAUUGUCUCCAAAAUAUGAUAUUGUUACUAACACCCAAUUAAAAUCAGUUUUAUGAAAUGGGUGAAUGUUGAGGCGCACAAAAGUAUUUCAUAUUUUUAUAAAAAAUUUAUUGUUUUUGUUACAUGUAGUUUUGCUUUAAUUGAAGCUUUGAAUCUGAUGCUCGCAAGUCAAUUAUGUUAGAUUGAAGUAAUAACUUGUAAUUAUCUUAUACAAAGGUAAUACUUUUUUUUAGAAGUCAUUUUUCCCAACCAAAAAAAUCAAUUACUUAGUAUCUAUUUAUCAUGUUUAUUCAAAUGAGUUUUCAAUUAAUAAAACAUUAAAUAUUAUUAUUUUGUAUUGUUUUUAUAGGAAUAGUGUUUCACACAAUACUUUUAUAUUGGGAAUUAUGUAUACUUCUUUUCUUUUUUUUUUGGUAAGAAUUCUUAACUUUUCUGUUUACAUUUUGUUCAGGGAGAUAAUUUGUUUUUAAUUAUGUAUUCACAUGCCAGACUGUGGUUAUAAAUUGUCAUAAUGGAAUACUACUUAUACAAUGUAAAUGUGUAAACUGUGUGUUGUGAACUGAAUAACAGAGAUAUACAAAAGCUUUCAUACCUUUUAUACUAAUGAUUGUUGUUGUUUAAGUAAGAGUUGUAAGUAAUCACAUUGAAAUUUCAUUAAUUGUAAUGAUUUCAACUGCAAAGAUAAUUUUAUAAUUUGCUUUGAAAUCAUUUACAGAUAUGAACUUUUAUAUCUACACUUUAACAAAUAAAUAAUUGGGUAAAUGAAAUUUGCAAAUUAAUCCAAAAAAUAAAUAAUUUUUUCCAACCUCCAUAUAUAAUUCACCUCUGGUUCAUAUAUUUCAUUAUUUGGUAGUCAAAGUUUUAUUCAAAUUCUCAGUUGAUAUUCAAAAAAGAUAUGAAAAAAACGAAAAAAAAAAACAUUUCACAAAACAUGACAUAGAAAACUUCAAAAUUGAUCAGAAAGAAUAUUACUUCAAUGACCUUAAUAUUUUUGACUAAAAAAGGGUAAAAAAUGAAAAAAGUGUUAUUUCGAAGACCUUCACUUUUUUUACCUUCUUGUAUAUAUAUAAUAGAUGAAUAUUUUUCAGCACAAGGGAGAGAAUAUUAUUUAUAUGACCUUGUUCUCUUGUUAUAAAUGUUUGUAUGUAUUUAGAGUAUGCAUGGUUAUGUUGUUAAUUUGAUUCAUCAUUUCUUAGCCCAUUUAUAGAUUACCAAGAAUUUUUUUUACUUGCAAUGGCAUUUCCAAGAUGAGAUAAAAAUGUAUUUGUUUACAUUGAUUCGAAUUUAACUUUUUUUGCAAAGGAAUAGAAAAAAAAACUAAGUGUAGGUUUGUAGGUAUAACGAUCUUUUGAUGUAUUGACUGUAUUUGCCAUUCAUCAAAUUUGUUCUGGUAGAAAUUUCAGAGUAAUUGGUUAAGGUAAUUACUAUUAUUUCUAUUCUUGAAAGAGGCCAUGUUUUGCAAAGACCAUUGCUUAUUGUGUUUAUUUACAAACAUUAUAUAUAUAUAUUUGUUAAAUUUAAAGUCAUGUUUGUUUAUGUACAUACAGAGUCAUAUUGUAAUUAUAAAUAUGAAACUAA